AUGCUUUCCAACGGCAACACAUCUGUCGACAUUCUGAAAACUCGGUAUAACCUAGCAUUGGCAUCAUCUCAUGUUAAUUCCCCUAAGUAUUUGUGGUGUGUUAAUCAUUAUGGUCCAAAUAAUCAAUUAAAAGAUUUUACAAAAUGUUGUAUCAUAGCAAUUAUGCAUAAUUUUACUUUGAUUAUACCUCCAAUAUUUCCUCAUUAUCAAGACAAGACACAAGGCAUUCAAACCUUUGAUGAUUUCUAUGACUUAGAGCAACUUGCACAAGUUUUGAAUUUUGUAACAAUUAAACAGUUUAUACAAAAAACAAAGGAUAAUCAAAAUACGACAACGAUAAACUGCAAUAUGCAGCAGAGAGAGCUUGAUAGAGAUAUGACGUACUAUUCUGAAAAUUCCUGGAAAUCUGUUGAAAAAGAUCACAACAUCAAAAUUCAUUUUCAUCGCUUAGUAAAUCUCUCCAGUCAACCUAAUUUGAAGAAGGAGGAGAUCAUUCACAAGGCUGAAAAUUGUACGUCUAUAUUCCUUAACAUUCAUUAUUUGGCGCUAACUCACUUAUCUAAAGCUGAAAACACUCUUGUGCAAAAACUGUUUCGACAUAUUCAUCGCACUUCAUUGAUUCAGCGCAUGGCAUCACAACUAAUAAACCAGCUGCCUCAACUAGCGAUUGGUAACUUUUCUGGAAAUAAACUGACUAAAUGGGCAGUUGCUCAUAUGAGACUAGGCGAUCGUGUUGUUAUGAGCGUUCCUAGGUAUUUAAAACAAAUUUUGCAUCUAAUCGCAAAUGGCGUUCAUUUUACACAUCUGCAUAUUAUGUGCCCAUAUCUUAACUCUACUGACAUCGAUCAAGUGACCAAUAGUGUACCAGUUGCGAUAACUACCACAACACAACUAUUUGAUCGCGUACGACUUGUGCUUGAUGACUAUUUAUUUGAUGUAUUGGAGCAGGAAAUAUCUUUUCAGGCUCCCAUCUUUAUUGCAUCACCCUGGACUACUUAUUCAGCGACGAUUGUCAUGCAAAGGCUCCAUCAAAAGAAGGGCACUACAUACGUAUUUUCCGAUGGACCUGAAAAUCAUACUUUUCUUGUUACUGAACAGAAUGCCACCUACUACUGUUAG